CACAAUUACAUGCGCAAGCCGAUCGAGUGGGUGUCAUGCAGUCACAUGAAGCCACUUCAUUUCUAGUCGAUAUACAUGCUAAUCACCUCUCUUCGACCUCGUUCCGGGGCUUUUUCCUCUGCGCGUAACCGGUGAGAGCGAGAGCACUCGGGAUUCAGAGUUGGAGAAAACAAGGAAUGUUUCUUCCGGUUCUGAGGAGUGAGAAUACCGAACGGAAGCCGAUGUGGUCUUUGUAGGCUGUCAGCAAAGACUUGUACUCCCUCCUUUACUUCCACGUCUUGUGCCUCUCUGAACCAGCCACCUCUGCUACCGGCUUCGGUUUCUCCCCAACUGUAGGAAAAACCACUGAGACAAGAGAGAGGCCUCUGUCUUCAGAACUGCAGCCAACCUCUGACUGCAUGUCAGCGAGCUCCUCUUUUUUUCACCUUUCACUCCCCCUCAGAAACCCACAUUUCAUCAUAACCGUAACCUCCAGACCUACAGCGAGCUGCUAGCUGCCUCCUCGCAGGUUCAGUUGGCUAUUGCUCCCCUAUUGUUGACCCCUGACUGGCCUUCGACUGGUGCUCCUUCAGCAGGGGAGGGAGGGGAAAGAAGGCCUCUGAACGCUUUGCCACUUUCCCUGGAGAUGAAGUUGCAGGCCGUCAUGGAAAAUCUGCACAGGCAGCAGAGGGCCAAGCUACUGAUGGAGCAGCAGCUACAGCAGCAAGCCGCCUCCCAACAGACUCAGGUCCGUAUGGCCGGAGGGAAUGAGCUGAUAGGGAGCCCGGCACCUGAGACAGAGCAAACUCAGAUAGCGGCUCUUGCAGCCAUGCGUGCCGCGGCGGCCGGGCUGCAGAGGGUGUCAGACAGCCCCAUGUCAGAGCGCAGCAGUGGUGGUGACGAGGAAGGCGAUAAUGAGGACAACGAUGAAGGAGAGGAGCAAUACAAGGACAUGAUGGGGUCAGAUGAAGAGGAACAGAUCAAACAGAAAUGGGACGAGGAGGACUUUGAAGGUGAGAUGGAAGAAGACUUUGAGGAUGACCUUGAAGAGGAAGGUCUGCCUACGGGUCAUGAUGCAGUGGCCCCUGGCAAGGGCAUCCUCCUGCUGCCUCACCGUCAGCUUAACCCCCAUUCCCAGCUCCUGAAGGUCCGUCCCAGUGUUGAGCAGGAGUCCCGCUCAGCAGUGGGAGCACAUCUGCAUUCACAUACCACGCAUAGCCAUUUGAGUGGGCAGGACCACGGAGACUGGACCUACGAGGAGCAGUUCAGACAGCUCUAUGAACUGGAUGGAGACCCAAAGAGGAAAGAGUUUCUGGAUGACCUCUUCAGCUUCAUGCAAAAACGAGGAACCCCAGUGAAUCGUAUUCCCAUCAUGGCCAAACAGGUCCUGGAUCUGUACAUGCUGUACAAGCUGGUAACAGAGAAGGGUGGCCUGGUGGAGGUUAUUAAUAAGAAACUGUGGAGGGAGAUCACCAAAGGACUCAACCUGCCUACCUCAAUCACCAGUGCAGCCUUCACUCUUCGCACACAAUACAUGAAGUACCUGUACCCAUAUGAAUGUGAAAAGAGGGCACUGAGCAACCCCAACGAGCUUCAAGCAGCCAUCGACAGCAAUCGACGGGAGGGCCGGCGACAGAGCUUUGGCAGCUCUCUCUUCACCUACUCUCCCAAUGGGACUCCCACCAUGCUGUCCUCGCCGAAGCUCCCCACGCCCAACAUGGGCUUAACAGUGGGCACCAACGGGACCUCGCUGGGUCACAUCCACAAGAUCAAGAAAGAAGAAGAGGGAGGCCAGCCUCUGGCAGGCGUCAGCAUGGCUCGUUUGCCAGCGGGGGGCUUGGCAGGUCACUCAGUGGCUGCUGUGCAGGCAGCAGCAGCCCAUGCCGCCAUGGCUGCUCAGGUGGCCGCUCUGGAGCAGCUGAGGGACAAACUGGAAGCAGGCGAGCCGCCAGAGAAGAAGAUGGCGCUGUCUGCCGAGGAACACCAGCGACUGCUGCAGAGAGCGCUGCAGCAUAACCUGCUAGCCAUGACUGCUCAGAUACCUAUGAACAUUCGCAUCAACAACCAAGAUGGCAGACAAGACUCAGCUCUGAACCUCACCACCAACGGCACAGGGAGCAUCAGCAUGUCCGUGGAGCUCAAUGGAGUGGUAUACACUGGCGUUCUUUUUGCUCAGGCAGCACCAGGGUCAGCCUCGUCUGGUGCAUCUGCAUCGUCCGUCACCAACAAGGCUCCCAGCAGUCGCGUCGCUCCGCAGCAGCAGCAGCAGCUGCAGAACACACCUACCUCAAACUCCAGCAACUCAUUGUCUUAACAAACUCCCAGCUUUUCCUUCAUUCAUUUUUUUAUUUUAUUUACCACGCUAAGUGAAGCCAAAAAGCAACCUCAUUUUCUAUCUCACCAAUGCCAAAAAUAGAAAAGAAAAGAAAAGAGAAGAACCAUAAACCAUACAGAAAGACACAAACUGGAACUCUUUUCACUUGAAGUACACUAUCUCAGGUUUCCUCUCACAAACUCUUUUGUUCUUCAUCGCCAAAAUGAUCUUGAAAAAGCAAAAUCUCCCAACUGAGAGCCAGUAUAUGCUAAACAAAGACAUAUGCACAGCCUGUGAAUUAUUUAUUUCUGCAUCAAUGUACAGAUUAUUUGGAGAACAAAAGAGAAGAUAAAAACUAGGAAAGCAUUGUUUACACACACAAACACAGCUACUGACUGACAAUGAUGUUUUAUCCUUCAGGGGAGAGAUUUUAUUUUAAGUUUUCAUUGUCAUUAU